AUGACCGUGACACAACCUACCACACCCAAGCUACGUCGGCUGCCAAGGACCGCGGGAGCCGACACGAUCUUCACCACGCUCCAAGAAGACGGGAUCGUUAUCAUCGAAGACUUCAUGAGUGCGGAGAAUGUGGCCCAAUUCAACGCCGAGAUUGACCCGCACUUGAAGAAAUGGGAGCUCGGACAGUUCAAGUCCUACCAGGAGGACUACCUAUCCGGCAUGAGACAGCUGAGCAGUCUCUCACUCUUCAACAAGAAGGCCUUCGGGCCCGAAUGUGGGGAUUGCUGGCUCACCACCUCAUCCGUACUAGAGACGGAGCCCGGAUACGGGGGUCAAGAACUGCACCGUGAAUAUGAGGGAAUUCCCAUCUGCACGAAAUUAGGCAAACAGAGUCCCGAAUCCAUGCUGAACUUCACCGCGCUCACCGACUUCACAGCCGAAAAUGGCGCCAUUCGUGUCCUCCCCGGCAGCCACCCCUGGGACGAUUUCAGUGCCCCUCCUCCCCCUGCCGACACGGCCAUUCCGGCCGCCAUGAACCCCGGCGAUGCCGUCCUUCUCACCGGGAAGACCCUAUAUGGAGCAGGCAAGAACAACACGACCGACUUCCUCCGCAGAGGCUUUCCCCUCAUCAUGCAGUCUUGUCAGUUCACUCAGAUGGAGGCGCCUAAGAUGGUCGGGUGGCGCACCGUUUCUGCUAACGGAGUUAAUAUCUGGACAUACGAUCUGAAGGAUCUUGCGACUGGGAUUCAAUUGAAGAACGAUCAGCCUGCUAAGGCUACUUGA